UUUCCCGAAUCAAACUCCAGGCGUAUAUUUUGUUUCCUCUUGAUUUUUAAUUAACAUCUAUGCCUUUUUUUUUUUAGGUUUGAAAGGGAUUAGAUUAUGUGCCAAUGCUAACCAAACAGAAGUACUACCGUGUGGAUUACAGUCUGAGUUCCCCCUCUCUUUUUGGCAAUUACGGUAGUGAACUGUGCCUUUAAAAAAAAAAAAGAAGGAAAGAAAGGAGAAAAAAAAAGCUACCCUACCAUCUUCCCCAGGAAACCUUCUACCCCUGAGUGUUAAGGCUGAGAACCUCAUGAGCUGCGAAGGUUACUAGCGCACAGAUAAAGGGCCAGAGAAGUUGGUGCUUACUGUGCGAAGGCAGAAUCCCGGACGCCUCAGUCACGAUUCCAUCCCAAGAAGUCGCAUGCUUCCCGGCUCCCCAGGCUUAGGAUGGACAAACCUCAUGUGCCCGAAAGCAACUUAACCUCAGAUGAUGGCCAGCCAGAGGUUGUCAGAAAAGAAUCUAGAUAUCUUUCAAGAGAACAGGUUUCUACAUUAAUAUCUGCUGCUUCUAUUAAUUUGGGAUCAAUGAUGUGCUAUUCGAUAUUGGGACCAUUUUUCCCUAAUGAGGCUGAAAAAAAAAAUGUCAGCAAUACAGUUAUUGGAAUGAUCUUUGGAUGUUAUGCUGUGUUCAACUUGCUGUCAUCCUUGUUGUUUGGGAAAUACCUUGUAUACAUUGGAACAAAGUUCAUGUUUGUGGGAGGCAUGUUUGUCUCAGGAGGAACUACAAUUCUCUUUGGUAUGUUGGACCGAGCUCCUGAUGGACCAGUAUUUAUUACUAUGUGUUUUCUACUGAGAGCGGUAGAUGCAAUGAGCUUUGCUGCAUCAAUAACUGCAUCGUCUUCUAUUGUUGCAAAAGCUUUUCCAAAUAACGUAGCUACAGUGAUGGGAAGCCUUGAAACCUUUUCUGGGCUGGGCCUAGUUUUGGGACCUCCUCUAGGUGGUUUUUUAUACCAAACCUUUGGCUAUGAAGUGCCCUUUAUUUUUCUUGGGUGCUUAGUUCUGCUGAUGGUGCCACUCAACAUGUAUAUUUUACCUACUUAUGUAGAUUCUACUCCUAGUCAACACUCAUUCUGGAAACUGGUUACUCUACCCAAGAUUGGACUGCUAUCAUUUGUCAUCAUUUCAUUAAGUGGAAGCUUUGACUUCUUGGAUCCUACACUGUCUCUCUUUGUAUUGAAUAAAUUUAAUUUAUCAGCAGGAUAUGUGGGGCUCAUAUUUCUGGGGCUAGCAUUAUCAUAUGCUAUUUCUUCACCUCUCUUUGGACUACUAAGUGACAAAAUUCCAUACCUAAGGAAAUGGCUCCUGGUUUCUGGAAACAUAAUAACAGCAGUAUGUUUUAUGCUUUUAGGACCUGUUCCAAUUUUGCAUAUUGAAAGUCAGCUCUGGCUGUUAGUCCUACUACUGGUUGUGAAUGGCAUCUCUGCUGGAAUGAGUAUAAUACCAACUUUCCCAGAGGUACUCAGUUGUGCAUAUGAAAAUGGAUUUGAAGAAGGAUUAAGCACGUUGGGACUUGUGUCUGGGCUUUUUGGUGCAAUGUGGUCACUUGGAGCAUUCAUAGGACCAACAUUGGGUGGAUUUUUGUAUGAAAAAAUUGGUUUCGAGUGGGCUGCAUCUGUACAAGGACUCUGGGGUCUAAUCUCUGGACUGUCAAUGGGACUGUAUUAUAUUGUGGAGCACUGGCGAAGAAAAAGGUGUGAACCCCAAAAUACCCUCCACACGGAAGAAGAAAGAACAUCUCUGUUGCCCCAUCGGAUAUAGCCUUACAUACUCUAGACUGAUAGAACGCUUGAAGCUAUAUUCUCAUUACUUUUAGAAAUCAGAAAUAUUAUUUUCAGGAAGAAGAGCCCACAAACAGAACACAGGGCCCUAAAACCAGCCCUCUGAACGAGUUGACACUACCUUUUGAAUGAUCCAGUGUUAGGUGGUCAAGUGCCCUGAAAAACUGGCCAACUUUGAUACAUUUGAUGCACAUUGUACAGGACAAAUGGAAAAUUCUGUGAAUUUGUUUUUAUGUGUAUGUGAAAGCUCCUUGCUUUCUGGACUGGGUGGCUGAAUGCAUCCAGGUUUCUUACAACUUCAGUGUACAUUUUACCAUAAGUGCAAUCAUUCUAUAAAUGCACCUUUUUAUAGGGGGGCUGGGGAGAGAGACUGACUUAACUUAUCUCUGGGUAACUGAUAACUUCAGCAAACUUGUACAAUGACUGAACCUCAGUGACUUAAUAAUGACUCAAAAUAUUUGAAAGAAUGAAUUUGAAAUUAAAUAAAAGAUCUUCUUUCAUAGUG